UAAAAAAAUAAAAUAAAUUUCCCCCCAAAAAAAUUUGGUUGACAUUUGAAUUUUCAAAAAAAAAAAGAAAAAAAUCUUUUUAGAUUAUUCCAAUUGAUGAAAUUCUCUUCUCUUCAUUCCACGAGAACAAUUUCCGGUUAAAGAUGGGAUGCGGAUUCUCCAAGAAGGACAAUUAUAACAUAGUUCAAGCACCAGCAGAUAACCCAUUAGGGCAUCAUGCAACAGCUGCCGCCCAUGACACAAAACUUAACGGGGUUGACAAAGUCAAAUCGUUCUCACCGAAAGUCCAGGAAGACCAGUUAACGGACCAAGGGGACUCUGCGUCUCACCGAAAUAAAUCUCAUUUAAAAACUAGACCUAGUUUUGGAUCGCCCAAAGAUGGAGAUGUGGAAGGGGGCAACGGCGAAACCCGAGAGAAGUCAAAUGGUGACUUAUCCUCGCUCAAGGAAAAUGAUGAGGAAAACAAGGCGGCAGGAAAAGAAUCCUCGACCCUCGCGGAAGGUCAUGGCGACAAUUUUCCCGCUAACACAUCGAGAAGAAAUUCUGCGAGAAGCCGGGGGGAGAAAAAGGAGGGAUUCGAGCCAGACUUGGAAUUCGACGAAACAUUUCCUAAUACCGGAAAAACGUUGGAGAAGGACGAAGCGGUUGCGGGCGAGGAAAAUGAAUCUACGUUAAACAUCAACGGGGACGUGGUUAAAGAAAAGGACGAACCUAAUUUAGGGGGAAGCGCGGACACCGGAAGUAAUUAUCCUAACGAGUUUACUCGGGAUCCACAUCUGGAACAACAAAUAGGGCUGGAAGCCAGAAGGAUGAGUCUGGACGCUAGAAAUGUUCGAGAAAAAGAUGAUGCCCGUGACGACGCGGACGAGAAAAUCGACAACGGCAAUUUCCCAGGGAGGGACUAUAGUACGAAUCUCGUGGAAUUGCCGAAAAGAAAUCCUGAAAUUAAAACUACCCCGGCAAGCCCUUCCUACAAUGACACGCCGAAACAGGGAAUUUUUGGCGGGAGCGGGGAAUUGCACGAAGACUUUCCCAUCCCAGAAAAUGCGGAUAAUUUUCUAAGCAAGGUUCUGACGAAAAGCCUUUACGACAAAUACCGAAACGUCGUUACGAAAUCGGGUUACUCCUUGGAUCAAUGCGUUCAGCCGUCCAUAGAUUAUCCCAAGGCGUUGGACGACAGGAUUCCUAAUAUAUUGGCUUUCGAGGCUGAUUGUUACUACGCAUUUUCGGACGUGUUCGACCCUCUCAUCAAAUGUUACCAACCUAAUUAUCGGCCUAAUUUGGACAACAGACCUAACCUCAACCCUACGCCUUUGUUGGCCCUCGAGGAUAUUGAUAACGAGGGAUUCGAAGGAACCAGAAUAUCCGUUUCGCGUAAUAUUACUGGAUUUCCCUUCCCACCCGGAUGCAACCGGAUGCAGAGAAGACAGAUAGAAAGUAUAGUUUGCCAUUCCUUGAACGCUAUUGGAGACCCAUUCAAAGGUGUUUAUUACUCUAUAACGGACAUGAGCGAAGAAGCAAAGGAAAAUUUUUUCGAUCUCGAUAUCUCAAUCGACAAACCAAUUCCGGUGUAUGAUAAAUGCCAGAUUUCCACAGAUUGGCCAGAAGCUAGGGGUCUUUGGCUGAGUCAAGAUAAAUCGAUUGUAAUCUAUGUCAACGAUGUCGAUCAUAUUAAAUUCGUCGCCAUAAAGCAUAAGGAAAGUCUGCACGACAUAUUUUCAAAACUUUGCGGUAUGGUGGCACUUUUGGAAAAUUUUUUGCUGGAGAUGGGCCAUUGCUACGUGUGGAGUUUUUCCAAGGGCUAUUUGGUAUCCAAUCCUUUUUACGUCGGGACUACUUUGGUUUGCGAGACCCUGAUAUACCAGGACAAAUUUUCUGACAUGGAAUUGGAAGAUUUUAAAUCGCUUUACAUUUCUAACUUGGGGAAGGACCAAUGCAAAUUGAUAUUCGACAAUUUCAGCAACAAGAUAAGAGUUCAGAGUUUCCCAGUAUACCCCGUGUCGGAGUUGGAACAAAUAUUCCAUUUCUACAAAUAUUUAGCACAAAUAUCAAACAAGGAUAUACCCUUGAUAGCAGAUAACUUCAUUCAACUACCGCCUGGGGAGAAUAACGUAGUUUUUCCAUUGUUCACGAAGCAGAAAAACGAUAUUUCCAAAGUUCUGACACCAGACAAAUACAUAACCGCCAUAAAAAAAGAUACUUCGGGAGAGGAUAACACUUCAGAUUUCACCGAUAUGAUAUGUUUCGGCGUUAAAGACGUAGAUAAUAACUCCUUUUACACUGAUGGCUACGUAUGCAAAAAUGUCGAAUCAUACAACAAAUAUGAUUUCAUAGUCAAGGACACCGUACAAGUAGACGAAACCACUCAAAGUAAUUUCUGGAAAAAACUCGAUAAUUUUUCGACUUUCGACAAUAUCAAGUUCCCUUUUGACGACUUCGUAUCUGACUGUUUCGUCAUGUCAAUCUUAAACAUGUCCGAUUAUAAUUUCACUCCAUUUAUGGAGAAGAGCGAAAUCAAUGAACCUCUGAAAAUAUCUAAGGAGAUCCUGCAAACGACUAUUUCACCCAAAUUCGCUGGAACAUUUUGCGAAUUAGCCGAUAACCCCGUGCAGCAAGGAGUCGUAGAAGCUAAAAUAAAAUCCUUGCUUUAUCCUUCCUGGGAUGCCUCCAAAUUUUUUUUCAGGAAUUGGCCCACCGGAAGGGCGUUUUGGAUAUCCGAAGAUAGAUCCAUGCUAUGUUGGAUCAACGAGACUGACCACGUCAAAUACUUCGCAUUCAAUUGCAACAAGGGUAUCUUCAAGCUCUGGGAAAGGUACCAAAUCUUCAUGAACGCUUUCCAAGAAGGUCUUAACACCGUUCACGUUAAAACUACAACACUGUCUUCCUUCCCUUCCCUUUCUAACAAACAAUACCACGUAGGAGCCGUCAUCAAUUCCAGAAACAAAAAUUUGACUUACCUCAAGAAUUUGAUGUUCUUAACCGGGUUUCAAAUAGUCAAUUUGAGAAUGAAUGAGACCCUAGUAGAGAUGUGGGUCAUACAAAAUCCCUCAUCUUGUAACGCCAGUAGUCAGAAUAGUAUUGUUAAUGAUGAAAUCGAACCGGAAACGGAUCUCUUCCAAUGCCAAAUGAAUAGCCUGAUGACCAAAAUCUCUUACCUUCGUUUCUUGAUUAAGCAUAGCUUCGAGGAUAAUAACGUGUUAGACGAUUCAUUUAUGGAUCUUAAGAUUAUGGCGGGCAAGGUCGAAAUUCCGCGGGAAGAUAGUCAAAUCAUAAAAUCUAUCGUUUCCAAAAACUUCGACAAUUUUCCCGAUUUCCGCUGUAAAUAUACGGCCAUAUCGCGUUUAUUGACGCCUGAGGUUUAUAAAAACCUCGAAGAGUUCAGGUCUUCCAAUGGAAUCAGCUUAGACGAUUGCAUCCAAGUCGGAGUUGAUAAUCAGGGCCGACAUUUUGUUGGAAUGAUAGCCCUCGACGAAGAAUGCUAUGACUUGUACGGCGAUCUCAUGGACGCCAUAGUGCAGGAGUGUAGCAAGGACCGUGUUGUUAAACACGUUUAUGGUGAUAUCGCUUACUUCCCAGAAGUCAGUGAGGAUUUGAAUGCUGACUACGUUUUCUUCCUGGAGUUUUCUGUAAUAAGGAACUUGUACGGUUUCCCUUUAGUAGGUGGAUGCAGGGAUAUAUCUCAAUUAAAACACGUUUACCAGAUCUUGAAGCGUUCCCUGACAUCAAAGGAAAUGAAACCCACCCUAGAAUUUACCGAUUUCACUUCCGUUUCUGAGGAAGUAGAAACAAAUCUAAUCAACGAAUACUAUAAUGAGGAUGAUUCUCUUAUACACUUUUGCCCGCAGCUAAAACGGUAUUGGCCCAGAUACAGAGCAAAAUGUGCGAUUCCUAGCUCCUAUAGUGACGUUAGUGAUAUAACGGCUUUUAUAAACGUGCAAGACCAUCUACAGUGCUUCAAAUAUUUCGAUUGUCAGGACGUGUGGAAACAAUUCAAGAAUCUCUACCAAUCUUUAAACGCUUUGGAGAGGGGCAUUUUGGAUAGUACCGAGGGCAAGGUACAUUUCAUGAAACACGAGAGAUACGGUUAUAUUACUUGUUGCCCUUCCGACCUAGGCGCUGGCCUCCAGAUAAAGAUCCGCCUCAAGCUCGCAAACAUUUUGAAAAGCAACGAUAGCACCGAUAACGGCGGGGGUGACUACGAGGGUAAAGAAAAGAAUACCAGAAAUAAAAAUAUGGUCAAUAAGAUUAUCAAACCCACCGUGAAUCAGUACAAUCUUAGAAUAACCUUUUGGGACGAUCAAAUCCUCGAACUGACCAAUAGGUCUUGCUUCGGUUAUUCCGAAGUGGAGAUAUUCCAACAGAUCAUAGAUUGCACGAAGGAUUUGAUCAGGAAGGAGAUCGAGAUGGGACCCGUGCUGGAUAAUGGGAACGUGCUGGAAAACGGGGAAGACGUUUCCGAUGAUUCGGAAGUCAAUAAUAUCGAUAACGUCAGCUGAUUUUUCUAAAAAAAU